UAUAACCAUGUCAUCAUGACUGAAGCGUGAGCGUGUAUCGUCCUCCACUUCGAUUUCAUCAAGACCGUCCAUUUCUCUUACGGUCAGUUUUUGAAUUGAAUCCACGACGCGGAACCCACACCACCUGGAAACUUAACCAAUUAAUCACCAUCAUCUAAUCUCUUGCUAAUCAAUCCCAACGGACUGUCAGGUUUCCGAUCAUCUCCUUCUUUAAGCAGUAGAAAAGUUAUUAACGUCACUGGCUGUGGCACGCUUUAAACUUGCCAAUUCUAUCAAAGUUAGGCUUUUUUUGUCUGUAAAAAUAUAGUCAAAGUUACAAUUCAUGGCAAGGAUAAAACCUCAGGCAUUGCUAAAUCAGAGCAAAAGGAAGAAGGGACCAGCUCGGAUCAGUGCCACUACUAUAUUUCUCUGUAACUUGGUUGUUGUGGUGAUUGUAUUGUCCGUAGUUGCAACAUAUAAGCAUUGGUCACAAAGGUCAAGGAACCAACCAGUAAGUGGUCUAUCGACUUUUGAGGACACUGCCAAUUCAUUUUCAGAUUCAAAGAAGUAUGAUCUCCCUGGUUAUGCUAUUCUGAAUACAUCAAAAGGUUAUAUAACAGUAGAACUGUACAAAGAUGGUUCUCCAAUGAUAGUGGACAAAUUCCUUGACUUGUGUCAAAAAGAGUACUUCAAAGGGAUGCCUUUCCAUCACGUGAUCAAGCAUUAUGUAAUUCAAGCAGGGCAUGGCCAAGGCCUUGGUGCUGCUGAAGAUUGGACCACUAAAGGAAAGCUUCACAGUAGGCUUGCUACAAGCCCAAAGCACGAAGCUUUUAUGAUCGGAACCUCAAAAACUAGAGACAACACAGGAUUUGAGCUAUUUAUUACAACUGCACCCAUUCCAGAUCUAAAUGACAAGCUUUUGGUGUUUGGAAGGGCCAUAAAGGGAGAGGAUGUGGUGCAGGAAAUUGAAGAGGUGGACACAGAUGAACAUUAUCGGCCCAAGUCUCCAGUAGGGAUCAUUGGCGUGACACUGAAACGCGAUAUUUGAGCAGUACUAACUGAGUUCAGCAUAAAGUUUGCCAAGUGCUGUGGCUGCUCUCUGAGAUACUGAUGAUUUGACAUUUCUAUCAAGGUUUUCUGGGUGCUGCGCCAUUUUUCUACAUACUUCUGUUUCUACUUUCACCUUGCAGGCCUCUUUUUAUAAUUUACUAGGGUUUUUUUUUUGGUGAGGGGGUUGUAGAAUGGCUUAAAUUGGCCCGACUUAUUUUGGGGAUUAAGGGGCCAUUUAGAGAUUGGAGACAUCUACCACGACCCCUACCAGGUCCUAUUAUUGUUACCGAUAGUUUGUUGUUAACAACGGUUGUCCUGAUUUAUUUCCUGUUUUUCUUCCCAUUCUGACU